AUAGAAACUGAUUUUAAGCGCUUAGGUUAUGCAGAUGCAGAAGAAAUAUUUGUCAAAUAGGCCUACGCUUUGAUUAUUUACUGAAUUUACUGACUGUAGCCACUUUUGUGGUGUGGGUUUUCUAAGGAGGACACUUUCUGAUCUCUUACACACCAAUUUUACUCCAAAGAAAAGAUCUGUGAAAGGUUAAGAUGCUAAACGCUGAGCUUCUUCAGGAGCAGGUCGCAUCAGUGAUGGCGAUUCUGUCCAAAACAGCAGUCGCGGAGAUCUGUAAAGUCAUAGACAACGGUUUUGCUGAAGUGAUGCUGGAGGUGGGUCUCAUGAGACAAAGUGAAUUAGAAAGCGUGCGAACCAAAGUCCGCAGUCUGACAGGCGAAUCGAGAGCCAAGACAGCAUAUUUGGAAUGGAGCAACGUUAACGAUACACCUCCUCCUCGGCGGUCAGUCGCUGUUCAGGUCUCUGAACAAGAGGCAGUAGAGUGCAGCACAUUGGUGGACUCGCAAGCACAAGAGGCUGUUAUGCAGCUGAUUAUUAAAGUUGAAGGAGGGGAUGAACAUGGAACCCAGGAGACGUCCCAGUCAGAUACCUCCACUGAACCACAUCUGGGACACGACUGGGCUGAUCAGCUUCAUGCCCCUGCAGCCGUAGGCCCAAUCAAAAGAGAGGAGGACGGGCAGAGUGUGGAGUACGCCCAUGGAGACUCUACUUCUCCUUUCACACAUACACACCUCACACACUCUCAGGACUCUGGGCUCACACACACUCAGGAGCCUGUGGGAUUUGGGGAGCUGGAGCUGAAGGAUGAGCAGGAGGAGGAGGAAGAUCAAAAACGUCAUGCAAUCCCAUCAUGCCCUUCUCCAAUCCCAGCAUUCUCCUCUCCCCCUGAUUUACUGCUGCCAUUGUCCUCCAGCACAUCCACUGAAACUCCCUCUUCCUCUCUCACACUGGCCCCCUGUCUCUUUGUCGUCACAACAACUGAAGCCACGGCAACCGCCGAAACGCCAACACUGGCAUCGGUGUCGCCACAUCUCCUCCGCUGCUCGUCCUGCCCCAAGAGCUUCUGGCAGAAGGCAGCGCUGAAGCGUCACGAGAUCUCCCAUUCGGACGUCAGACAGUUUGGCUGCGACGUCUGCGGCAAGAGGUUCAAGAUGCGUGCCAACCUGCAGCAGCACAAGGUCCUGCACAGCGGCCACAAACCCUUCGCCUGCCGCUACUGCGGGAAAUGCUUCACCCACCCGUCUAACAUGAAGACACACCAGCGCAUCCACACAGGAGAGAGGCCCUACCAGUGCUCGGCGUGCGGGCAGACCUUCAACCAGCACACCAGCCUCACUCGGCACCAGAGGAGGCACCACGAGAGGCCUCACAACAAGAACACGGCCCAAGGACUCGACGACCGGCCCUUAGCCUGCCAUCAUUGCAACCAGCGCUUCACCAAUGCGUCCAGCCUGAAAAAGCACCAGCGCGUCCACACAGGAGAGAGGCCCUACCAGUGCUCUGUGUGCGGCCGGACCUUCACCCAGCAUGGCCACCUCACAAGGCACCAGAAGAGGCUACACAGCGGGAACACAGCCAUCUGAGUGUUUACUGUAUGUGUGUGUGUGUGUGUGUGUGUUUGUUUGUCCUUUUAUUUUGUUUGGUUGCUCAGAUUUACUGAGCACAGCUUGGGCACAAACAAACAAAUACACACAUAUCCUCAGGAUGUUGACUGUUGACUGAUAUUUAGCAGACACUCAAAGCGGCACGGCAGGAAUCAAACCUGGAUUGACCGAUUGUUAGUUGAUAACGUUACCUCUGCUCCACCACGCCCGCUACAAAACUUUCACUUGAAGUAGAAUCAAUGUAGCAAUAAAUAUGUGAUGUGAAGAUAAGGCUUUUCAAACUAAUUUUGGCAGAAUGCAGAUGCUAACAUACACCUCUUUUUAUUUCCUUUAAAGCACAAGUAAAACACUAUGCCAUAUUUUUACUUUAAAAUAAAGGCUUCAAACUCAUUUUGAUGCUACAAUGACUUAUAAUAUGGGGAAAUAAAUCUCUAACAUUGCCAAUUAAUGCACACCUGGAAUGCUUGAUAUUACAUUAUGUAACGUUGUUGAUCGGGGAGGAUCAUGAUCCAUUUUGUAAUUUUAUGACAAACUGGGGACUAAUAUAUAAAUGGCAUUGAGUGUAUUACAUUUUUACAUGAUGUUGCUUUAAGAAUGAACCAUUUCCUGUUA